AUGAAAGAGGUGGUAGUUGACAUCCUGCCAAAGCGGAUCAGCGGCCUUGAGUUCUCGGCCCUGAGCGCAUCUGACAUUGUGGCGCAGUCUGAGGUUGAGAUCUUUACUCGUGAUCUAUUUGAUUUGGAGGAUGGGCGCGCUCCUAAGAAAGGUGGAGCGCUCGAUUCCCGUAUGGGUGUGUCCUCAUCACAGGCAGAAUGUUCAACCUGUCAUGGCACACUGGCAUCUUGCCACGGUCACUUUGGACAUAUAAAGCUGGCCCUACCAGUGUUCCAUGUUGGUUAUUUCAAAGCUACCAUCCAGAUUCUCCAAAGCAUUUGCAAGAACUGUGCGAAACUGCUUCUGAAUGAGGAGGACAAGCGUCAGUUUCUGUCUGAACUCCGGAGACCUGGGAUUGAUAACCUGCGGCGUAUGGCCACUCUGAAGAAGGUCCUGGACCAGUGCAAGAAGCAGCGUAGGUGUCUUCACUGUGGGAUGUUGAAUGGUGUAGUAAAGAAGGCUGCAGCAGGUUCGGGCUCUGCAGCUCUGAAAAUCAUUCACGAUACCUUCAGGUGGGUUGGAAAGAAGUCUGCGCCAGAGAAGGAUAAGUGGAUCGGUGACUGGAACCAAGUGCUGCAACAUAGUCCUGAACUAGAGCGGUAUAUGAAGAGAACGAUGGAAAACCUGAACCCAUUGAAAACUUUAAACCUAUUCAAGCAGAUAAGCCCACAGGACUGCGAGCUAUUGGGAAUAGAUUCCACAGUAAAGGCAGGAAGACCCGAAACAUAUAUCUGGAGAUACUUGCCUGCACCUCCUGUUUGUAUUCGUCCUUCUGUGAUGAUGCAAGACUCUCCAGCCUCCAACGAAGAUGAUUUGACUGUUAAGCUUACAGAAAUUGUGUGGACAUCGUCUUUGAUCAAGGCGGGUCUCGAAAAGGGUAUUUCCAUUAACAAUAUGAUGGAACAGUGGGACUAUCUACAGAUGGCAGUUGCUAUGUAUAUCAACUCGGAUUCUGUCAAUCCUGCUUUGAUGCCGGGUGGCAAUGGAGGGGGAAAGACGAAGCCUAUACGUGGUUUUUGCCAAAGACUGAAGGGUAAGCAGGGUCGGUUCAGAGGUAAUCUAUCUGGUAAGCGUGUCGAUUUCUCUGGUAGAACAGUUAUCUCCCCUGAUCCAAAUCUGUCCAUUGAUGAAGUUGCAGUGCCAGACCGUGUCGCGAAAGUUCUCACCUUUCCAGAGAAAGUCACUCGGUAUAACAAGCACAAACUUCAACAGCUUAUUGUCAAUGGUGCGAACGUACAUCCUGGUGCCAACUAUCUUUUAAAAAAGAAUGAGGAAGCGCGUAGAAACUUACGUUAUGGUGAUCGCAUAAAGUUAGCGAAGAAUUUACAGAUUGGGGAUGUUGUGGAGAGACAUCUGGAGGAUGGAGAUGUUGUUUUGUUCAACAGACAGCCUUCCCUACACAGAUUGUCGAUUCUUUCACAUUAUGCUAAGAUUCGGCCAUGGAGAACCUUCAGGCUAAACGAAUGUGUCUGUACGCCCUACAACGCCGAUUUUGAUGGUGACGAAAUGAACUUGCAUGUUCCUCAAACGGAAGAGGCUCGCGCCGAAGCAAUCAACCUUAUGGGUGUCAAAAACAAUUUAUUGACUCCGAAAUCCGGUGAACCGAUCAUUGCAGCUACCCAGGAUUUCAUCACUGGAUCAUAUUUGAUUUCUCACAAAGACUCCUUCUUCGACCGCGCAACUUUUGUCCAAAUGCUUUCUAUGAUGUCUGACGGCAACCUGCAGUUUGACAUACCGCCGCCUGCAAUUAUGCGACCACACUACUUAUGGACUGGAAAACAGCUCUUCUCUCUAUUGAUAAAACCGAACAAGAAAUCUCCCGUUAUUAUUAAUUUGGAUGCAAAGAAUAAGGUUUAUAUUGCGCCUAAGAAUAAGGCCUAUCCAAAUGAGAUGUCUGCUAAUGAUGGUUAUGUAGUUAUCAGAGGCUCUAAUAUUCUGUCUGGUGUCAUGGAUAAGUCUGUGCUUGGUGAUGGUAAGAAACAUUCCGUAUUCUAUACUAUUCUGAGAGAUUUCGGGCCACAAGAAGCAACGCAGGCUAUGAAUAGGAUGGCAAAGCUUUGUGCGCGCUAUCUGGGAAAUAGAGGCUUUUCUAUUGGCAUUAGUGAUGUUACACCAGGAGUGGAAUUAAAGGCUACCAAAGAGGAGAUGGUAGAAAUUGCAUACGCGAAAUGUGACGAAUUGAUCGAUUUAUACAAGCGUGGAAAGUUAGAAACGCAACCAGGUUGUAACGAAGAACAAACGUUGGAGGCCAAGAUCGGUGGGUUACUAUCUAAAGUCAGAGAAGAGGUCGGUGAUGUGUGUAUCAGAGAGCUGGAUAAUUUAAAUGCACCCCUAAUCAUGGCAACCUGUGGUUCUAAGGGUUCGAACUUGAACGUGUCCCAGAUGGUGGCAGUUGUCGGUCAGCAAAUUAUCUCUGGUAACCGUGUGCCCGACGGGUUUCAAGAUCGUUCUUUACCUCAUUUCCCAAAGAACUCCAAGACCCCUCAAUCCAAAGGUUUUGUUCGGAAUUCUUUCUUCUCUGGAUUAUCUCCCCCAGAGUUCUUAUUUCAUGCUAUUUCUGGGCGUGAAGGUCUGGUUGACACGGCUGUCAAGACUGCUGAAACGGGUUAUAUGUCGCGUAGAUUGAUGAAAUCUUUAGAGGAUUUGUCGUGCCAGUAUGACAACACAGUUCGUACAUCUUCGAAUGGGAUUGUCCAAUUUACUUAUGGUGGGGAUGGUCUAGAUCCCUUGAAUAUGGAGGGAAACGCGAAACCUGUGAACUUCAAUAGAUCAUGGGACCAUGCCAACAAUAUAACAUACAAUCAUGAUGAUAAGGGCAUGCUUCCAUAUCAGAUCCUAGAGGAGACCAAUGCUAUAUUGCAUCCAUUGGAACAACAACUGAGUAGGUACGAUAAUGUGGGUAACCCAUUGGCUCCGGGGUUAGAAAAUGAAGAGCUUUAUAUUGACCAGCAUGACGCAGAGCGGGAAUUUUAUCAAUCACUAAGAACCUAUAUGUCUGAAAAGGCUAGAAAGUUGGCGGAUAUUAGGAAAUCGAGAGGGUUAAAGGAAUUAUACCAUGCUCCGGCUCUUGAACUGCAGCUAAUGGAUUUAGAUGCAUCUUGUCCAGAGGUGGAUGUGAAAUCUGUCAACCAACUCUGUAAGAUAAGUUCAAAACUCGUUCGGACAUUUUUGGAUAUUGCAAUUUCUAAAUACCGCAAGGCUAAGGUUGAACCUGGGACUGCUGUUGGUGCUAUUGGCGCUCACUCUAUCGGUGAACCUGGUACUCAGAUGACCUUGAAGACUUUCCAUUUUGCUGGUGUCGCUUCUAUGAAUGUCACACUGGGUGUUCCGCGUAUCAAGGAAAUUAUCAAUGCGUCGAAGGUUAUCUCCACGCCGAUUAUCAAUGCAACCCUAGUUAAUGAUGACGAUGAAAGAGCAGCUCGUGUUGUCAAGGGCAGAGUUGAAAAGACCUUACUAUCUGAUGUUAUUUUCUACAUUCAGGAUGUUUACAGAGACAAUAUGUCUUUCUUACAGGUGAAAGUGGAUUUAGCGACAAUCGAAAAACUACAGUUAGAGUUAACAGUCGAAGAUAUUGCCAUUGCGAUCACCAGUGCUCCAAAGCUAAAAAUUUCAACUGGUGACGUUUCGAUCGUUGGUCGGAACAAGAUUAAUAUAAAUGUCUGCAAUGAUCUUGAUAAGGCGAAAUCUAUUUCCACUCUUGCUUCUGAACCACAUGAAAACGAUGUUUUCUUCAAAAUGCAACAUUUGCGCCGUGCACUCCCAGGAAUUGUUGUCAAAGGUUUGCCUGAUAUUUCGAGAGCUGUUAUUAAUAUUCGGGAUGAUGGGAAGCGAGAAUUAUUAGUUGAGGGCUAUGGUCUAAGAGAUGUCAUGACUACUGAUGGUGUGGUCGGUUAUAAAACGAAAACUAACCACUUCCUUGAAGUCUAUGAUGUCCUAGGUAUUGAAGCGGCGAGAACGAGUAUUAUUGAUGAAAUUGACUAUACCAUGAGUAACCACGGUAUGAGUGUUGACCCUCGUCACAUCCAACUGUUGGGUGACGUUAUGACAUACAAAGGUGAGGUGUUGGGUAUUACUCGGUUCGGUCUGUCGAAAAUGAGAGAUUCUGUCUUGCAGCUGGCGUCCUUUGAGAAAACUACAGAUCACUUGUUUGAUGCUGCUUUCUAUAUGAAGAAGGAUGCAGUUGAGGGUGUAUCGGAGUGUAUCAUUUUAGGCCAGACUAUGACUAUAGGAACGGGUUCUUUUAAGGUUGUCAAAGGUACUAAUAUUUCUCCAGACGACUUAAAACCAAAACCGACAUUGUUUGAAAACCUAUGCAGCUUGAACACGCUAAAGGUAAACUAA